AUUCCACUCAGCAGCAGGAACAAAUAGUUUCGUCGGUAGGAACUGUUUCUGUUAUGGGAGAAGGCGACUUGACCAACAUAUUAGAACUCGACUAUAAUUACAAGCAUCUCGGAUGAAGAAUAUGAAAUUAAUACUCAUCCCGUGCGAUAUUCAUAUUUUUCAAACAAAUAGACAAACAGCACUUCCACCUUCUUCAUUGAUGAAUCCCUUUUUCAUAUUAGCAGACGAAACUUGGUUUCCCGAACUCCAGAUGAAACCUGGAGAGACCGCGCAGCUGCAUUUAGACGUGCUUCUCGCGUGUUUUCUGUUUAUCUUUGGCUGCUUUAUCCAAUUCGGUGCCGAUGCGCAGCGAUAUUUUCUUAAGGCCCAAAGUAGUACGUAUAAUUCAUUGAUCUCAUCUAGGGUCCUUUACCUGUAGUUUUCCUGUUUCCUUCUUAGGAUCAUUGAUUCUGAAGAAAAUAAUCAGGGAACCAAGAAAUGAAUUGGCUUGUUGGGCUCUAAUUUCCACCUACAUUAUGCUCCUGGUCUCCUGAUCACAGACGGCUUCUUCACCAUUGUGAGACAUCCGAACUAUGCUGGCGAAUGCCUUGUGUGGCUCGGAAUGACCAUUCUUGUCGGCGCUGCCAACCCGUUGGCGUGGGUGCCUUUUCUUAUGACUCAAUUCGAAAGUUCUCAUUAUUACUUCACAAAGUCCGACUGUCGGACUUUGUCAAGUAAUUGUAAUAACGAGAGUGAGGAUCGAUGAGUACUUCUAGACGAGGAAUAUCAUCAACUGUCUACUCGUAGAAGUCUAUCAACAAUAACUUUCAAUUGUCUACUCGUAGAAGAAAAUGAUAGAUAAAUGUGAUUGGAAGGAUUAUGUCUUUGUGUCAACCGAACCAUUCCCAAGGUGAGAAUCUUGUUUUUUUUAACAACAACAUGAGUCACUCAGACUCAUCAUCAAUUAUAGUCAAAAAAAAUUUUACAAAUCACAACUUCUAAUAUGAUCCGAACUGUGGUGAGAGUGCGACGGGAUAUCCCCGACAGAGACAAAAGCCUUCUGGAGCGUUACGGCACCGAAUUCACAGAGUGGAAAAAAGAGGUGUCUGCUCUGAUUCCGGGUUUCGAUGACUAAAAGAGCGCCACCGAUGUUGAGUAGGAUUAAGGGAAAAUUUUCAAAGAAACUAGUACUAGAGUUAUGUUAGAAUAGUUUAUAGAACGGAUGUAGGAUGGACUUGGAUGGAUCGAGUGGACCCCUCUGAUUCUUCCGAUCCUACUUGAAAGGGUGGGAAGUCCAUCCGAUCCAUCCCAUCCAUCCCAUCCAUCCCAUCCAUCUCAUCCCGGAUCUGGCACCACUAUAAAUUAUUCUAUUAUGUGACUCUUACCAACAUCCAAAAACUGAUUAUACCGUACAUAUUCGUAGAUAGAAGUAGGUCGUGCGGUAUAACCAGUUUAGGUCGCUAGCAUACUGCAUAGAUAGCUAGAAAUAUAACUAAAUCUACAUGAGAAUAUCAACACUUCUCAAUCGAUUCUUAUUCUUUUAUCAGGUACCCAAAAACCCGACUAACUCAAACAUCAUGAAGUAAGAUUAUCUGUACAAGUACAAGAAAAAGAAAUAUUUAGAUAAUUCGUUGUAUUUACCUUGUGUGGGAAGCCUAGGCAUGGGCUGUUGUAUCCAAUAUUCAACCGAAAGCAAACCUUGGUGAUCAUCAAUGCACAGAACUACCAGGGCUAGUUGUUGUUGUUGUAUCUAAGACCAACUAAAAAAUUUAGUUUUAG